CAUAAACCACGCCGCCGCGCCGGGCGUCGAUUACACAGUUUUGGGUGUUUAUUAAUUUGUUCAUGUUUAAUUGAUCGCUCUCUCUAUCUAUCUAUAUAUAUAUAUAUAUUCAAGUUGUCAUUUUUCAUUCUUAUCAAUUAAUCGCAGUUGCUGCUGUUCAAUAGACAUAUUCAUUUAAGAAAUACUCUUUCUGUUGGCCAUUGCCGAGAGGAUUAUUUCCGAUUAAGAAGACCCGAUUAUCAACAAGAAGAUCGCCUUCAUCAUGACGAAAAUAACAAUGCUGAUAAUGUUAGGCCUUGCCGUGCUGCUUCUUACUGUGGGGGUGAGAACCGAACCCGAAAAAGUACAACACGCUGAACAUGAUCAUUAUUUUCAUGAACACUUCAAAAACGGGGCUCACAAUCCACAUUUUGACCAUUUAGCCAUCCUCGGUUCUAAAAAGGCUGAAGAAGAAUUUAAUGAACUGCCUCCGGAUGAAGCCAAAGAAAGACUUACACGUUUAAUUCCAAUGAUGGACCUGAAUAAAGAUGGCAAACUUGUUCUUCCUGAACUACAAUCUUGGAUCUAUAACUCUUUCAAAAAUCUGGACAAGGAUGAGAUUAAUGAAGAAUUUAGUAGCAUGGAUACUGAUGGAGAUAAGAAGGUCACUUGGGAAGAAUAUGUGCAUAAAUUUUAUUCAUAUACACCAGAAUUUCUGAAAGAAAUGAAAAUGAAAGGUGGACAAGAAAAUGAUGAAAUAUUAAAGGUCAUCCAAAGUAAGGUUUCUUCACAAGCAGGAAAGAUAAUUGAAGAUGAUGAAGAGAAAUUCAAAGUAGCUGAUCGAAAUAAGGAUGGAAAUUUGGAUGUAAGUGAAUUCCCAGCUGUUCUUCAUCCCUAUGACUAUGAUUUCAUGUAUGAUCAUGAAAUAAAACGAGCCCUUCGGGAACAUGACAAGAAUGGCGAUAACAAAAUAGAUUUAGCUGAAUAUGGCAUGGACAAUGAAAUGACACAAUCAGACGAAGCUGAAAAGAUUGCUGAGAAAGUGAAGUUUGGGGAGUUUGAUACAAAUAAAGAUGGUUUCUUAGAUACAGAAGAAAUGAAACCUUGGAUCAUCCCCUCUACAAUGGAAAAUUCCAAGGAAGAAGCUGAACAUAUUAUGGGUGAAGCUGAUACAAAUAAGGACAAUAUUCUUACCAAAGAAGAAAUUUUAGAAAACUUUGAGACAUUUGUGGGCAGUCAAGCUACUGAUUAUGGAAAACAUCUUCAUCUUGUUCACGAAGAAUUAUAAAACAUGUUGAUCAAACAAUUAACUAUAUAUCUUAAAACAAAAGUGUAUGUGUGUGAGUGUGUGUUUCAUUGUACGACCUGCAUUCAUUUGCACAAAUGCAUGUAUGAUUAGUGUGCAUGAUAUAGUGCUGUUCUCCAUGAUACCAGGAACUGGCACCUCUCCAGAACAGGCUACAUUUUUGGCUGCCUCAGUUUCACUUGUGAUACUAAAUACAUGUAUGUAUGAAUGUGAGUAAUGUUUGCUAUUUCAUGAAUUUUCUUUAUUUGAUUUGGGGAUAAGGAAUGGUUAUUAAAAUCUGAGAAAAUGAUUUACCACAGAAUUGAAAAUUUAGGGUUUCCCUAAUAUUUAGUUUCAUCUGUUGUUUUUUGUCUUUUUUUUCUUUUUGUAUUUUUUUCUCUCAUUUUGUAGUUUGGUUUGGUUUAUUUUUUUCUUUUACCGACUUCCAACUUGAAGAAAAAGCAGUUUUUCUUAAAAGUUCUUUGACUGUCAAAAUAUAGAUGUUUGCUUCAGCAGUUUUGUAGAUUUGCAGUUAGUCUAAUUCAGUUUAAAAUAGCAAAAGAAAGAAAAACUAUUAAAUUUUGUUGUGGCUUAAGAAUCACAGAAAUUUACAUCAAAAGUUUAUAGAAAAUUAUGAAUAUUCUUUGUUGAAUUACAGUUCAUAGAAUGUAUUGAAACAGGGGAAUUUGUUUUUUUUUUUUCAUUUAUGUUAUCAUAAAAUUAAUGUUUAGUUCUGUUAAUUUCACAUCUCUAAGAAUUUUCCUGUUAUUCAUAGUUGCUGUCUCAUUUUUACCCUUCAUCAAGAAUUACUGCAAGAAAUUUCAUAUUUCAACUGAUGAUUUAUAAAAAAGAAAGAAAAAAGUAGACCUGUUAACCACUGAGAAAUGAUUAACUCUGUCAAAGUCAUCCAGCUAUCUGUAGAGUGAUUUAUCAAACAAAUUUUCACAAAUGACCUCAAUUUGCCAAAUAAUUCAACUUAUGCUAGCAUGAAUCAGUAAAGUUAUUUUGGUUCAAGUGAGAAUAUUGUAGCCUCAUUGUUUGAAAGCUCUUCAAUUCUCAGUGCUGGAAGAGAUGUUAACAUUUAAUGAGUAAGGAUAACAUUGACUGAGGGCUAGAGAAAAUACUCUCACACACACUCACUCAUAUUCUCUCUCUCUGUCAUAAAACUUGGUGUAUGUGUGUGUUGUUUUUUAGGAUUGUAUUGCCAGUUUCUAGUCAGUCUUCCCUAAUUUUUAUUUAUAAUGCUGAAGACUUUAAAGAAAUAUUUUCAUAUUGUUAUUAACCAUGAUUGGUGGGCUUCCUAAAGAAGGAUUUCCUUUCUCUUGUGUCAACUCCAUAUUAGAACCAGAUUAUUUUACUUUGUAUUGAAAUGAUGUGAAGUUCAUGACUGAAGGAAAACAUGAACUUGUCCCCUAAAAAAAUAUAUAUCUCAGGUUUAUUUCAUGUGUAAGAAAACCCUUAUAAUUAGAAUAAUUAGUGGAUCUGAUAGAGUGAACCAAAAGACAGUUCUUCAGUUUGAAAUUCAAAUCACAAUGGAGAUUUUUGCUCCACCCUUCCAAGAUCAUUGAGUACCUGUAAAAGAAUAACCUGUUAUAAACAUAUUCCAUUCAAACCAAAGUUGUAAACACAUGUGUAAGAUGUGUAAAUUAUUCUUUAGUUAAAUGCUAUUGAAAGCAAAUCCACAAUUCAUUUCUUUAGUUGAAAGUGCUUCUGUUCUAUUUUCUAUGCUCUUAAGAAAUACAUAAACAUCAUAGCUACUCCAUUGUUCUUCCUCAAUAAUUCAAACACUUACAUAAGAUACAAUGUAAUUUUAGUUCCAUUGUGUAGCACUUGCGCAAGUGUUCCCUGCUAUAGCCCCAGACCAACCAAUGCUUUGAGUAAAUUUGGUGGAUAGAAAACUGUACUGAGUCUAUUGCAUAUGAGUGUGUGUUUAUAUCUGCACUUCUUGGAAAGUCAUUGAUAUGCAGGUGAUGACAUUAUUUUCUCCUGUCAACAGGUCAUCUGGUGACUCUGCAUUUUCCUUUGAAAAACAGUUAUGGGUUAGCAACAGGAAGAUAUCCAGCUGUAAGACAAUUCUUGAAUAAUAUAUUUGGAUAACCAUAUGUGCUUGGUCAUGUCAGUAAUUAUUUAAUAUCAUUGAAGUGUGUUGGAAAAUGAGUUUGUGCCAAUCUGUAUUGGUUUGUGUGUAUAAACACACAUACACACACACACACCAUAGAUGAUGGAAAGGUGAACUUUUAUGGCUUUAUAGUAUCCAAGUGAUCUUAAUUGGAACAAUGGAUUUUCAGUAUAAACUUAAGAGGACUUGUUAUGCUCAUGUCAUUUGGAAAACCAUCAUCUUGUAUCAACUGCUUCAUGUUGAAUGAAAGUAACAAUGACUAGUAACAGCAGAUAAGUGUAACAGUUAAAUGUGUGAAAAAUCAAUAAUCAACUGCUAGCAUUUUGUUGUACUUGGGCAAGACUCACAACCUUACUUGUCUCAGUCUUCAUUUCUAUUUUAUGGAAUCAUCAUUAAUUCCCUAACUAAAAAAAAAAAAGAAAAAUAGAAAUAUCACAUUAGACUCAUUAAGUAAAAACAGGAAUAACAGCAUAUUGCCAAAUAAAUGUGAAUUGGAUGGCAGCUAUUUUUAUUUUGGAAAAGUAUAUGAAAAAUAUGACAUAAUGGUGUUAUUGUACACUGUCUAUUGAUCAAGGUGUCACUCAGUACUGUAAGGUAGCCACAUCAUUGGUGAUGGAUAACUACAAGAAUGUCAGAUUUACAGAACUAAUUGUUCCUGAUUUGAAAUAUUGAUAAAAAUAUAAAUUGACUGAUUGGAAAAGAAAUUCAGUACAGAUUUUUAAAGUUUAACAAAAACGACUUGUGAAUAACACUAUAGUUUGCAAAACACAGGUCUUGUGGUUAGGGUGAUAACUUCUCAACAUACAGUGUUCUCAUGUUGCCUCUGUCUUUGGCUCAAAAAGUAUAAUUCUAUUUGGAAGGAAGAUGUAAUUUUCCAAGACAAUUCAUUAAAGACAUCUCAGUUACCUUGAAUACUUCAUGUUUGUAUGGCAGUGUGUGUGUAUGUAUAUAUGUUCAUGUGUGAAGGAUGUUUAACGGUUGUUUAUUUAAGCAUUGAAGAUAUUGUUCCAAGGUGAUCAAUUUUGUUCAGACUAAAAUGUUGUGAAACUGAUCUUCCUUAAUACUUAUUUGACAAAUACACUCAGUUGUAGUACCUUUUUGAACAAACCAAUAAAACAGUUAAAAUUAUA